UUACUUUUAGGGGGAGUUAUCAUUCAUGCCCAGGGCUGUGAGUGUGUGUGUGAGUGGCACCCUUCCUGGGCACUACCCCACACUACACGAUGAUUGGUCACUGUGUCCCUCUGGGGCGGGGCCGAGGGUGCUCCUGUGAUGCUAUUGGCUGGGUGGUUGCCUCUUUAGCCAGCCAUACUGGAGGGAUUUACAUGAAUGGUUGUGAUAAGAGGUGCAAUUGUGGCGAGGGUGUUGAUAUCUGCCGCUGUUAGUGCCAUUGUGGAAGUGAAAUUGGCUUUCUGUGUUGCGGUGAGUUGAGGGAAAGUGCCACAGGGAAGAGUGUGGCACUGUUGUGUGGGGUGCCAGGGUGCCAUACUGUCUGGUGACACCAGCAGCUUAAAGGAACAGCACUUCUUGCUACCAGUGGUUGACCGUUCCUUGCCUUGUUUGCGUCUCUCCUGCCUAGUCAGUUCGUGAAUCCUGCGUCUUCCAGUAAUCACACAUCUAGUUUCACUCUGCGUGACGUACAGAACUCCCCGUGUGCCGUGUGAACUUCAAACCGUGUGCCAUAAAGUGUUGAACAGUGAUUUUUUUGAGUUAUAGUUAAGGAGGGCAUCCUAUGAUCCACUCCCGCGUCAAGGAGGUCAAGUCCUCGCAAGCGUUAACAAUACUGGAGGCUUGAGGUAUUGCUGUGUUGACGAGUUCUUCUCGUCAUGGUUCAACGUGGUUGUGAGAUCAUGCCAGGUCACAUGCCGGGGCCAGGUCAUCUACCAUGUCACAUGGUGGAGGUUAAAUGCGAGUAUUCCCCUCCCCCUUACACCCUGCCGCUACAGGGCGGUGCUACAGACACAGGAGUACCACCUCCACCUCCGACAUUUUCUUCUCUUAUGGCCGACAUGAGUCCUAGAAGCUCCUGUGGCGGCCACGACUCACAAACAACAUCAGGAGAGGACGAACCACGGGGUCGCAAGAGACGCCUGGAGGAGGACACCGAGGAAGCAAGACUAGCGAAGGCGAGAAAGAAGACCCCACAAAGCUACGAAGAACUCCAGCAGGCGAGGGUGUUAGCGAACGUCAGGGAGAGACAACGAACUCAGUCUCUGAACGAAGCCUUCACCUCCCUCAGGAAGAUCAUCCCCACGCUGCCCUCAGACAAACUCUCCAAGAUACAGACGCUGAAGUUAGCAAUACGAUACAUAGACUUCCUCUACCAGGUGCUGGACACUGACGCACAUGACCAGAAACUCUCCUCCGCCUGCACCUACGUCGCGCAUGAGCGUCUUAGCUACGCAUUCAACGUCUGGCGUAUGGAAGGCGCCUGGGGAGGUCACCUAUAAUACAGAUAGUGACCACAGUGGAGGGACCCAGCCAGUGUUGCUUGUGUCGCCCAGCUGGUAUCGUCCAGCCAGAGAUGAACAACAUACAGCUCCUCCACUACUGGGAACAACAUCACGCAGUGCAUCAAAUAUCUAAAACUUAACCGCAGUGAAAAAACUCACCUCACAAACUAUUGGAACUGUCAUAAAAGUGGACAUAGAAGUGUGCGGACGUUUGUCUGUGUGUCUAUAGCCUGUGUAAAGGGGUGUCCGUCCGCCACGAGGGAUGUAAAUAAAAAGGUUUCAGAGGGUUCGUUAGUGUGAGAUUGACGCUAAUUGAACCCGAUUCGGGCGAUGUUGUGGGAUUUAAUUAAGUCGUCCGCGAGAAUGGAUCGAGAUACACAUAAGCAAGAUUUAAAGGUCCAUCUAAGAUAGACUUGUGCAGAGUCGAAUGACUUAAUAAGCAGCAGUACUUAACAUAUUAUGUACCUGGAGAGCGUUCCGGGGGUCAACGCCCCCAUCAGCCAGGUCCAUGACCAGGCCUCUCCGUGGAUUACGGCCUGAUCAACCAGUCUAUUGGUGAAAUGUGGUAUCGGGAACGUAGUAAAGGCAUGUGUGAGUGUGUGAAGCAGUCAGUAAGAUGCUUAAGGGUAAAGCUGGCCUGGGCCACAGCAAGAUGGCUAAGGCCACGGUAUGAAGGCCAUGGACACUGAACAAAGAAACUGGCCCAUCACUCUUCACCACCGACCAAUGCAGGUCGUGACUUGUCAAUACUUGUCAGCCUACGUCAUAGCACGUCUGGACUCACCUAGUACACGUCAAGACAUGUCAGGCUACGUCAUAACACGUCUGGACUCUCCCAGGACACAUCAAGACGUAUCCACAUUCUCCCAGGACACAUCAGGUUGUGACAUGAGUAUUCCAAGACACAUCAAUAUGUAUCUACAGUCUCACAGGAACCAUUAAGAUGUAUCUGAACUCUUCAUGUCAUCUAAGUCUCAUCAAAGUCAUGUCUAAGUCUACCAGGGCACCUAAAGACAUGUCUGGUCUACCAGGACACCUAAAGACAUGUCUAGUCUACCAGGACACCUAAAGACAUGUCUGGUCUACCAGGACACCUAAAGACAUGUCUAGUCUACCAAGACACCUAAAGACAUGUCUAGUCUACCAGGGCACCUAAAGACAUGUCUAGUCUACCAGGACACCUAAAAACAUGUCUAGUCUACCAGGACACCUAAAGACAUGUCUAGUCUACCAGGACACCUAAAGACAUCUCUAGUCUACCAGGACACCUA